CUCUGUACCCAAUUAUUAUAUAUUUCUCACUCACCUUCCUCUCUUUCUUCCUUCUCUUUCUCUCACUAUCUUAUUUUCCCCCAUUUUUGUUUAACUACACAAAAAAAGAGAUUAGUCAGAUUAACAACCAAGCUUCUACUAUUUCAACUUCUUACUUUAUUUUAAUCCUUAAUUAAUCACUUAAUUAACUAAUCUCUAAGUUUCUUAAUUCCAUUCUUCUUCUUCUUCUUCACUUCUUCUAUCUUUGAAACAUUCCUCAUUCUUUCAAAUUUCUAACUAACUGUUUUCCGUUAGAACGUUGUAACCGUAAUGCAUCGGAUUCCGAAACCGAUCGAAAACUCGCCGGCGGUUUGAUGGAAUCGCCGCCGUUUGUUUCUCAGGCUUCGUCGUUUCAUGGAGUUCGUUCUUCGCUUUAGUUCAUGCAUGCCGACGCUCUUCAGAUUUUGUUUUAAGCUUCGAUUCGCCAUAGUCGUUUUUGAGAUUGUAUUGAUAUUGGCGUGGUUGGAAAUCAAUGAUGCGAAGACCCAAGAACGACAAUUUCAAUGGGGAGGAUUGGAAGAGAGGGUUGAGAAAAUUGCUUCACACUCUUGCAUACAUGACCAGAUACUUGAACAGAGAAAGCGACCUGGUCACAAGGUGUAUUCGGUUACCCCACAAGUUUAUGAGCCUGGUCAAUUGAAAUCCCUUCAGCAUAGAGGCAGGGCGUUACUUGAUGUAUUAUCAACAUCAUCAAAGCCCCAAAAAGAUGAAAAGCAACCUAUUAGGAUAUAUCUAAAUUAUGACGCUGUUGGUCACUCCCCUGACAGGGAUUGUCAAAAAGUUGGUGACAUUGUUAAGCUCGGGGAGCCUCCGAUUAAUGCUAUUCAUGGAUUGCCCUCUUGCAAUCCUCUUUCUAAUCCUCCAAUCUUCGGUGAUUGUUGGUAUAACUGUACUUCUGAAGAUAUAUCAGGAGAGGAUAAAAAGCACCGCCUUCGCAAGGCGUUAGGUCAGACAGCUGACUGGUUUAGGCGAGCAUUAGCUGUUGAGCCUGUCAAGGGGAACUUGCGAUUGAGUGGAUAUUCUGCAUGUGGACAAGACGGAGGUGUGCAGCUUCCUCGUGGAUAUGUUGAAGAGGGAGUCUCUGAUGCCGACUUAGUUCUUUUGGUGACUACAAGACCUACAACUGGGAAUACACUUGCUUGGGCAGUAGCAUGUGAACGAGAUCAAUGGGGCCGUGCUAUAGCUGGACAUGUUAAUGUUGCUCCUCGUCAUUUGACAGCUGAGGCAGAGACUUUGCUAUCAGCUACUCUGAUACACGAGGUUAUACAUGUUCUUGGUUUCGAUCCUCAUGCCUUCACUCAUUUUAGAGAUGAAAGGAGAAGACGUCGUAAUAAGGUUACCGAACAAGUGAUGGAUGAAAAGAUUGGGCGAAUAGUAACGCGUGUGGUGCUUCCACGUGUUGUCAUGCAUUCUCGACAUCAUUAUGCGGCGUUCUCAGGAAAUUUUACUGGUUUAGAGCUGGAAGAUGGUGGAGGACGUGGAACAUCAGGGUCUCAUUGGGAAAAAAGGCUUCUGAUGAAUGAGAUCAUGACGGGUUCUGUGGACACAAGAUCCGUUGUUUCAAAAAUGACACUAGCUCUCUUAGAAGACAGCGGAUGGUACAAAGCUAAUUAUAGCAUGGCAGACCGUCUUGAUUGGGGUCGCAACCAAGGCACUGAGUUUGUUACCUCCCCUUGCAAUCUCUGGAAGGGAGCUUAUCAUUGCAACUCAACACAGAUUUCAGGUUGUACGUAUAACAGAGAGGCAGAGGGUUACUGUCCCAUUCUAACCUAUAGCGGAGAUCUUCCUCAGUGGGCUCAGUAUUUUCAACAAGCUAAUAAAGGUGGACAGUCUUCAUUGGCUGAUUAUUGCACUUAUUUUGUUGCAUACUCUGAUGGAUCAUGUACAGACACUAACAGUGCACGGGCACCUGAUAGAAUGCUAGGUGAAGUCCGAGGAAGCAACUCUAGGUGUAUGGCCUCAUCAUUAGUGCGCACAGGAUUUGUACGAGGUUCUAUGACCCAAGGAAAUGGUUGUUAUCAGCACAGGUGUAUCAACAACACUUUAGAGGUUGCUGUGGAUGGUAUGUGGAGAGUGUGUCCUCUGGCUGGCGGAUCCAUUCAAUUUGCUGGCUUUAAUGGUGCAUUGAUCUGUCCUGCAUAUUACGAGCUCUGUAACACAGACUCAGUGGUUGACUCGAGGAAAUGUCCUAAUGCAUGCAAUUCCAAUGGAGAUUGUGUUGAUGGAAUUUGCCACUGCUUUCUUGGAUUUCAUGGCCACGAUUGCAGUAGACGUUCCUGCCCCGGAAAUUGCACUGGCAAUGGCUUGUGUCUCAACAACGGAAUAUGUGAAUGUAAACCCGGUUACACUGGCAUUGACUGUUCCACGGCUGUUUGUGAUGAGCAAUGCAGCCUUCAUGGUGGGGUUUGUGAUAAUGGAACUUGUGAAUUCCGCUGUUCUGACUAUGGGAAAUACACCUGCCAGAACAGCUCCACGCUCCUCUCAACUCUCUCAGUUUGCAAAAAUGUGCUAGGAAAUGACAUUUCUGGGCAGCAUUGUGCACCCAGAGAACCUAGCAUACUGCAGCAGCUGGAAGAAGUGGUUGUCAUGCCCAACUACCACCGAUUGUUCCCUGGUGGUGCUAGAAAAUUAUUUAAUAUAUUUGGCAGCACCUACUGUGACGAGGCAGCUAAACGGCUUGCUUGCUGGAUCUCAAUCCAGAAGUGUGAUGGAGACAACAGGCUACGAGUAUGUCAUUCUGCAUGCCAAUCAUAUAAUCUAGCGUGUGGAGUUUCAUUGGACUGCAGGGACCAAACUCUUUUCAGCAAGGAGGAGGGGGAGGGUCAGUGUACCGGUUCUGGUGAGAUGAAAUUGUCAUGGUUUAAUCGAUUGAGAAGCAGUUUUACUUUGAGAAAUAGUUCCUCAAAUGAAAUAUUUGUAAGAAACAGGCAGCUUUAGCUUCAAUUUUUCUCUCUCUCUUUUUUAGCAAGGAGGGUUGGGUUGUAGUUUUCAGAGUAAUUAUAGGGGGAAUUUGGUGGCAUACAUCAAUCUUAGAUUUAGGGAUUGCUCACUCAACCAAAAAUUGGGAUGAGGAGGUUACUUAUUUGGCUUUCAAAGAGAGCCUUUUGUAAAGAAAAGUAGGAGUAUUUGGAAGUUGGUGGUAAAUUAAGGGAAGGAAGAAAAAAAAGAAAAGAAAAGAAAAGAAGAAAGAAAUAUUUCUAUGCUUCAUUCCUUUAACUGUAUAUAUUGACAUUUUUCUUA